AUGUUCCGUAUUUUAAUCGUGGCCAUACUACUGGUCGCGACCGUAACUGAGGCAUGUCGCCGACGACAUCGCUGCUACUACUACUGCCAUCGUAGAAUUCGCAGUGCAUCAGGAGAAAUGGAAUUUAGUGGCCUCUCCAGUGACGAUGUCAAGGCGAAGGAGAAUAUGGUUGAAACCAGGGCCAACACUUUACAAUUACCGCAGGAAAUGGCAAAAAGGAGUCCGAGGGAGAGCUCAUGCGCCUGCUUAACGGAGGAGGAAGUGAACUGGCUUUCGGACCCGAGAAAUAGAGGGAAUAUGCUCUCGAACUGA